CCUUUUGAAUAAUCAACGUUGCAUAUUUACCUGUAUAUAUUGUGAAAGGCAGAGAAGCCCUAACCAAUUCAAUUCGAUUCGAUUCUCUUGUGUUUCACUAUCUCGAGUUCGUCCUGUUAGCCGUGAGUGCUUCAAGUUUGUUGAGAGGAUGAAGAGGGCAAUGCCAUGGAGUGAUGAUGAAGAAGACGAUUCAUCCUCCGAUGACGAAUCUUCAGCAAUUGAUACUGAUAAUGAAGACAAUUCGGGGUCUACCAACAUCAAACCUAAUGCUUCUUCCUCCAAACAUAAAGCUGAAUCUGCAAAGCGGAAGAGCAAAGGUGUGGACUUUGAUGCUCUAAGCCGACACGGGUACAGAGGUGGAUUAUCUGUCUUGAAAGUUCCACCACCCAAGGAACCGGAUCAGGAACAGAAUUGGUCUUGGUCAAGUGGGAAGGAAACCCGGGAAAAAGAGAAGGAAGAAACUUAUGAGGAGCGUCAGAAGACGAGGGCUGCACUAGCGGAAGCAGAGGAACUUGUUCAUGCACGAACUCAAAAAGAGAGGAAGAACUUUUCUUUCUCACAGAAGGAGAAGAGGAAGAGAGAUCUUGGUCAGGCUAGCAGAGGGAAGAGUUACGUUGAAGAGGAAAAGAGGCUGCUAAGAGAUAAUGGCGUUUACUCUGGAUUUGAUUCCUGAUUCACAAGCUGUUCUAUUUAGCAGUUUUAUCAUGUAAAAGUUAGUAAUGACUACUGCGCAGACGCUAUAUCUAUAAAUAUUAGCAUCAAAACGAAUGUAUGAUACCUCCAUUGUCAUUGCACGAGUAUCAACCGAUAAAUCUAAUCAAACUUGAUGGUCGAAUAUCCAUUUGAUGUUCAA